AUGUCAGAUGUCACUGACUCUUCUUUUUCUACUCUUAUUGUGACGGUUCAUACUGAAUCGUCCACCAACCUACCUAUGGGAUUCAAAUUGAAUGGAUCCAACUAUAAGAUAUGGGCUUCGAUGAUCGAACUCCAUGCUACUACACAAUGCAAAUUAGGUUACCUGACUGGCGACACUGAUGCCCCUGAUUCUAAAGACCCGAAAUUUGGGAAGUGGAAAAUUGAUGAUGCUGUUGUGAAAAGUUGGAUGAUGCGAACUAUGGAACCCAGUUUGUUGAAUAUGUUUCAUACUCUAACUACUGCUAAGGAAAUUUGGGAUGCUGUUAAUCAGAUGUUUUAUGAUGGCUCUGACAUAUCCCAGCUCUAUGAACUGCAGUGCCAGGCUACCUGUCUCAAGCAAGAGGGUCGUCCUGUCUCUACCUAUUUUGCCGAAUUUAAGGCAAUCUGGCUUGAAUUGGACAAGAGACGUCCUUUUCAAAUGAAGUGUGUUGAUGAUAUGAAGACUUUUCAGGCUGCUGUUAUGGCAGAUCGUGUGUAUGAUUUUUUUGGCUAG